AUGAUUGUUAUGGACAAUUUGCCUUUUACAGUUUUACAGCAAGAUGGAUUUCGGAGGUUGAUCUCAUUUAUCGUACCAACAUACAACAUUCCGAGUUACGAAAAGAUGAGAGAUACCAUCAUACCUUCAAUCUACGCAAGAACUGCUGAAGUAGUGAAAACUGUACUCAAAUGUUGGGAUGUUGUGACCAUUAUGCUGGACCUUUGGUUAUCUAACAGCAUGGUUAUUCGCACUGUAACGGAUAAUGCGUCAAAUAAGACUAAAGCGUUCCGACUUCAGCUCUCAAAUUUUAUUUUAGAAGAGAAAGAAGACGACUUCAUCGAAAUGGAACUUGAAGCUGGGUUGGAAGUCCCGAACUACGUUUUGAUUCCAGAAUACCUAGAAUGCACGUCUUCUGCUGGCGGUUCUCAGAACGAUGAAUUAGAAAUUGAAAAUCUAAUGUCAACAUUAGAAAUUGACGUCGCAGGACUAAUUCAAGAAAAUUGCUGGAAAAUCAAUGAAACUGGUUUCGUCAGCGCAACUUCGUCACACGCAGGAUGUUUACCUCAUCAAACAAAGCUAGUUAUUAAAGAUGGACGAAAGAAGGCUCUCAAGAAAUUUGUUUCCGAGUCACUGGAUUUGUUGUGCAUGAUAGUAGGUGGGGUUCGAAGAAGCGUCGUCGACACAAAAGUUCUUCUAGAUUCCGUUGGAUUCAAAAUACCAAUGAUGAAUCUCACUAGAUGGAAUUCGCAGUUUUCAAUGGUGAAACACUUCCUUAACGGCAUUGAUAUUGACACGGCACUUCAAUCGAAAUUAAAUGCAUGCAAAGCGCAUGGGUCCCUUAGAUCCUUACAACUGAAGUGUUUAAAGGAAUUUGUUACCCUACUGGAACCUUUCAAAAUUGCGACUGACAUUUUCCAGAAGGAUACGGAAACAAUAGGGCUGGUUAUUCCAUUUUACCUGGAUUUGGUUAACUAA